AUGAGUAACGAUUGGGUGGAACAUAACUUACAACGGCAGGUAGGUUAACCGGUCCGGACCGGACCAAAAGAAAAUAGAGCCGGACCGGACCGAAAAAAAAGUUCCGGACCGGUCCGGAAAAAAAAUUUUUUUUUAUUUUAAUAAAACUGUUUUAAAAAUUGCAAAUAAAACAUAUUUUUAAGAGUUUUUAAACGUAAAGAAAGCAGUUUGAGCGCUCCUGGCUCUUUAAAAUUUAAAAAAAAAAUUUCCGGACCGGACCUGACCUUUUUGGUCCGGACCGGACCGGCCCUGAGCGAAAAAAAAUAGAGCCGGACCGGACCGAAAAAAUUCUCAUCCGGGCCGGUCCGGCAAAACACUGCUUACCAUGCCCUAUCUUGCUUUGCCUUACCAUGCCGUACCUUACCAUACCCUGACUUACAAUGCCCUACCUUGCUUUGCUUUAUCAUGCCCUACCCUGCUUUUCCUUACCAUGCCUUACCUUGCUCUUCCUUACCAUGCCCUAUCUUGCUUUGCCUUACCAAGCCGUACCUUACCAUACCCUGACUUACCAUACCCUACCUUGCUCUUCCUUACCAUGCCCUAACCUUGCUCUGCCUUACCAUGCCGUACAUUACCAUACCCUGACUUACCAUGUCCUACCCUGCUUUUUCUUACCAUGCCCUACCUUGUUAGUUUAUUGCCCCCCCGGUUUUCUGUGCUGAGUACUAUCAUUAUCAUUACCACGUACUACCUAAACAUCCUUCCUAAUACGACAACAUAACAUGAUGUUGAUCCUCUUCAUUAACCCUUUGUCAUAGCCGGGCUUACCUCACAAGUGUUUACCACAAAGAUAUGAUAAAAUGGAUUAGACGGUAUUUCGAGUAAUUAACCAAAACGUGUCGGCUUUUGUUCUAAAACUGCCUUCACGCCCGUUUUUUGGGUAUUUUCUUGGUUUCGCGUUGUAUUAUAGUAUAGGAUUUGGCGGUUUACGUUGAAGUAUUUUCAGGGUAGUAAUAGGAGCGGUAGGACUAGGGCAAGCUUCGGUAAGGUAGGGUAGAUUAAAGUAAAGCAAGGUAAGGUAGAACAAGAUAGCGUAAGAUAAAUUAGGGUAAGGUAAGGUAGGGUAUUGUAGAGUAUGGUAGGAUACAGUAGGAUACGGUAGGGGAGAACAAGCUAGGGUAGGAAACAGCAGGGUAUGGUAGGAUAAACUAGGGUGGGUACAGGGACGUCGCUACGGAUUUUCUCUGGGGGGGGGGAGACCUGUGGACCGAUUUUUCUAAAUUUUUUUUCGUUUUUUCACGUACAGGUAUGGGUAGGUCAGAAAAAAAACGAACAUUUCCAUCUCUGUUGAUUUGCAAGAAUUUUUUUUUGAAAAAAAAAUUUGGCGAUCCACACUCAAAAAAAAUUUUUUACCAUGCCUUUUUUUCCAUUGAGUAAGUUUCCGUUCUCAGACUCUAGGCUAACCUACCCUACUCCACUUUACCCUAACCUACCCUACUCCCCCCCCUUUUUUUUUCUCACCACCACUAACUCUACCUACCUAUCACAGUUGGUUUUUUAUACUAACUAUAGUUGGCACUUCCUCCAUCAUUAUCUAAUAAUAUCUCAUAUCAAUUUCUACACAAUUACAACAACUUUAAAACACCUUUUUUGGCCAUAAACUUCAUUUAAACUCCCUUAACCGCAGUAUACUGUAAUUCUAGCAAAUUCGUUGUAAUACGAAUGCAAAAAUGUUUUGAUAUUGAAAUUGCGUAAAAUUAGAAUUGUCAUUAUCAUACGUUGUUGUACCGUGUUGCCAUGCCAACAUUUAGCCCAUCAUUAUUGUAGCCACCAACAUUUUUGAUUUUAAUUGUUUUGGAAACUCGGUUUCUUGUCAGUUUUUGGCGCUUCAUUUCGGCUGUUUUUGACUAUGUAGAGUUACGUAGCAGCUUUUUUUAGUAUGAUGUACAGUAUUUGGCUGGCAAAUUUAGGCUAGAAAACAGAUUUUGGGGUAGGGGGGGGGGAGAAGGAGAGGAAAAAAAAGGGGGGGGGGAAAGAAAAGGAAAAGGGGGGGGGGAGGGGGCGAAGAAGGAGGGGAAAGAUUUUUUUCUGAGAAGUGGGGGUAUGUGUUAUUUCUGCUCUCCCCACCACCAGAAAAAGAUUUUUCACCCCACCUGCUUCACAAAAUUUUUCUACCCCGCCCCCUUCACAAAAAAAAACUUUUUUAUUCUGCCCCGCAACAAUACAGUUUUAUCCAGCCCACACCCCAAAACAUUUUUUUACCCCGCUUCCCUUCCGAAAAAAAUUACCCCUCCUCCUCAAAAGAGGUUUUUUACCCCUCCCUCUCCUCAAAAAUCAUUCUUACCCGUCUCCUUCACGAAAAAAAUUUUACCCCACCCCCCUCCCCGAAACUUUUUUUUACCCCUCCAUCUCCCCAGAAUACCCUUCCUCUUCCCCAAAAAUAAUUUUUACCUCGCCUCCUCCCAAAAAAAAAAUUUACCCCGCCCCCUCCCCGAAACCAUUUUUUACCCCUCCCUCUCCCAAAAAAACCAUUUUUUACCCUUACUCUUCCACAAAAAUCAUUUUUUCCCCGCCUCCUCCUCGAAAAAAUAUUUUAUCCCGCCCCUCCCCGGAAUUUUUUUUACCCCUUCCUCUCCCCAAAAAAAUACUCUAAAAAAUUGUACUCCGCUCCAUACCCAAUUUUUUUCCCCCCCCCCUUCUCCCCAAAAAAACUUGUUUUAACCCUUCCUCCCCAAUACAGAGUAUUAUAAGUAUUUUCUAAUCACGCCAUUUUCAGCGACACCUGCUGGAAGAACGACAGCGACAACGUCGCCUACAACAGAAUGGGAUUGUAGCGUCGAACGUGAGCCGUGAAGACUCGGUCGAUUUGGACGAAUCCAAUAUCAACUCGGGCUCGUUGUACUCGUUCUUGGAACAGGACAAGCCUAAUCACAUACCAUCCAGCAAGUCGGCCGGAGGCAUUUCUCAAGGACCGAAGAUCAUCACUGUUAGGGGGUUGACUCCACCGCCUAGCCAGAGGGCUCAGAGGUAGGUAAUUGAGUUAGGUAAAUGGGGGCGGGAAGGGGGGUGGUGUACGGUAGAGUAGAGUAAGGCGGGGGUAAGGUAGGCUAGGAUAGGGUAGAGUGGGUAGGGUUGGGUAGGGUAGCGUAGGGUAGGGUCGGGCAGGGUGAAUAGAAUACGCUAUCCUACCACAAACUUCAAAUUCCAGUGUAUCAGUAGACAGAAAGACCAAGCCCACUUACUCAUCAUCCUCCUCAAUGUCAAGUGACCUAGUCAAGCCCAUUAUCGACGUGGAUCGACUCGACAUCUCCGCCUCGAGUGACGCCAUUUCAGAAGGCGAGAACGAUGGAUCAGAGACUGUUAGGCCAUGGGAAGAUGAUGACAAUUUGGAAACGAACGUUCUCGAAGACACAUCGGUCAAGCUGGACAUAGCUGACAUCGUCAACAACAUGGAGAAGUUUGUCAUGGGUAAGACAAUUAAAAAAAAAUUUUUUUGAAGUUUCCCAUGCCUCUAAACCUUUUAAACUUGGCCCCCUGUGUAUUUUUCAAAAAAAGUGAAAAGAAAAAUUACCCUACCCUAAAAGCACCAGCCGAAAAAAUUUUUUUGAUUUUUUACCACGCCCGGUGAAAAUCGGGUAGAAUGUAGGGUAGUUUAGGGUAUGGUAGGGGUAGAAAGUGAGGUAAAGAUAGAGGAUUAGCCCCUGCCCUAUCAAAAUAAAAAAGCACCAGCCGAAAAAAAAAUUUAAAAUUUUUUACCACGCCCGGCCAAAAUUUUUCUAUUUUGUCAAAGGGAAGAGUAGGGUAUGGUAGGGGUAAGGAUCGGCGUAUGGAUAGAGAAUUAGCCCCUACCCUGUAAAAAUAAAAAAGCACCAGCAAAAAAAAAUUAAAAAAUUUUUACCACGCCCGAUCAAAAUCUUUCCAUUUUAUCAAAAUAAACCCCCAAUAGCAUCAAAAACCCCUACCUAUCAAAAUAUAUUUAUAUAAACUCAAUUCUAUAUCAAUCUAUACCUAAUUUCCUUUCAGAACCAUGUAAAAAGAACCUAACCAUGAAGUGCAAGAUCACAAGAGACAAAAAGGGCGUGGACAAAGGAAUGUUCCCAAUAUAUUACCUACACCUAGAACGAGAUGAUAGCACCGGUCAUAACAAGAACAUAUUCAUUUUGGCAGCAAGAAGACGAAAAAAGAGUGCCACAGCCAAUUAUUUGAUCUCCACGGACGCGACCAAGUUGAGCCGGAAUGGAACAGCUUAUAUCGCUAAAGUCAGGUAAAUUUUAAAUGUAUAUCAAUGUAGAUAGACUUAAAAAGUUCUGUAAGAUAUUAAAAAAGGUUUUGCUAGCCAUGAGGUAUAAAACAUUGCAAAUUUUUGGGCUAAAGACUUCAAAAAAGGCUAUAUUACACUUGGUCACCUAGUGUAAUAUCGAUUUUUAAUAGUUUAAGCAAUACAAAUAGUUUUUUAAUAGUUUAAGCAAUACAAAUAGAUAAAACAUGACCUUGGCAUUCAUAACUUACAAGAAGUGGCUAGCUUCAGAGCUAAAAAUGGCAAAACGACCAAAAAUUUAUAUUACACUAGACUAGCUAGUGUAAUAUCGAAUUUUAUGGUUUAAUCAAUACAAAUAGAGCUACAAUAGGUUGUAAAAUACGAACUAGUUCUUUGGCAUUCGUAAGAUAAAAUAAGCGGCAAGUUAUAAGUCUAAAAUUUCCCAAAACGAGCAAAAGGUUAUAUAAGGGACGAGCUAAAUACAUCGGAUGGAAAGUACCAGACAAAAAAUGCGAUUUCUUGUCUGAUAUUUUCGUCUCUCAUUUUCCCGCUGUCUUUUUUUCCUCUCGUUGCCGACGGCAGUUAGAGAAAAAAAAAUCGUUGAAAAAAAUAUCAGACAAGGAAUUGCAUUUUUUGUCUGAUACUUUCCAUCCGAUGUAUUUCGCUCGUCCCUUAUAUUACACUUCCCCACCUAGUGUAAUAUCAAAUUUUAGUGAAUAUAAAUGAAGCUUAAUGGGUUCGCAUAGUAUGCUUUACAAAAAUCAAAAAGCUUUAAGCCUAAAAAAGUCCAUAACAACGAAUAUGUUAUAUUACACUAGACCGUCUAGCAUAAUAUCGCCAAAAACCGAUGAUGAAUCCUUUUAAAAUACCAAAACCAAAUGUAACAUUAAGCAAAGACUAUAAUUUACGUUUUUAGAUCAAAUGCAGUCGGUACGAUGUUCACGAUCUACGAUAACGGCGAGAAUCCGAAGAAGGCCACCGUGAUUGGCGAGGGUGUUCGACAGGAGCUUGGUGCUAUUAUUUAUGUGAGUUGAUUUGUUUGUUUGGCUUGAUUAUUAGUAUGAUAAGAUGUAUAGAACGACCAAUAUACUAUCUAGUACCCCAAUUUGCCGUUUUUUUGACGUUUCUUUGGCAUUCUGUAUUAAUCACCGUUAGCCGAUGUUAGUUUUCGUUGUGGGACCCAGAAAUGGUUUUAGUAUUUAUCGAUUUUUUGUCUGAAAAUUAGAUUCUUGGUCUAACUUUGAUGCUUCAAAUACGAUUUUAUGAAAAAUUUGUCCUGUAGGGCAUUUAAAUUAGCUUAUGUUUAUAUGUUAUGUCUUAUUUUAGGAAACCAACGUGUUUGGCUUCAAAGGCCCAAGAAAAAUGACGAUAAUACUACCAGCAUUGGUCAAUGAUAAUGUCAGACAAGAAGUGAGGCCUGUUAGUGUAAGUUGUAUUCAUAUUUGGUUUCAGGUUACAAAUUUUUUGAAUUUCAAAAAAUUUUUUAAAAUUUUUUUUAAGUUUUAAAAUUGAUCUUUUAGGAAAAAGACACAAUACUAGAACGAUUUAAAAGCCAUCGAAUAAACGAUAUGGUAGUGCUAAAUAACAAAGAUCCGCAAUGGAAUGAAGAUACUCAAUCGUAUGUGCUGAAUUUCCAUGGUAGAGUUACUCAAGCCAGUGUGAAGAACUUUCAAAUUGUACAUGGCUUUAAUCGUAAGUUAAAAGCUACGCCUACUUUCAUUCCUCCACCAUACCCUUAUCGGUACCCCUACCGCUACCCCUACUUUUAUCCUUAUUGGUACCCCUACCUUUACUCAUACCCCUACUUCUAUCCCUACCUGCCACUGAUAACAGCAGCCAGUACGGCCAUUGCAAAGACUUACAUUAACCCCUACUUUUACUUAAAGCUCUACCAUAGCCCUGCUCAUGAUUUUACCUUUCAUUUAUUGUACCCUUGCCCUACCAUGCCCAAAUUGUCGUACCUUAUUCUGGCUCUGUGCCAGCUCUACCCCUAUACAUGACCCUGUUUCCACUCCUUACCCUACCCUUACCAUACCUCUCAUUGAAUCCUUACCCGUAUCCCUCGCCCUACCCUUUAUCGUACCGCUCACCUUACCCAUGCUCGUACCCUUAGCCCUACCGCUCACCUUACCUAUACCCACACCUCUCACCUUACCCUCUCCCAUACCAUAGCACCUUUUUUUCUUGGCUUAAAAGCAAACAUUACCCCUACCCCUUACUGUACCAGUCAUUAAAAAUUUUGAAAUUUAAGCCGACUAUGUGGUGAUGCAGUUUGGUCGCAUCAGUUCGGAGGUGUUUACGAUGGACUUCCGUUACCCCUUAUCACCCAUCCAAGCGUUUGGUAUAGCGAUGAGCUCGUUUCAUGGCAAACUGGCUUGCGAGUAA